AUGGAGCACCUCGAUCUUAGCGAUAACUGCUUCGCUGGCCCUCUUCCUGUCGCCUUUUUUCGCAUGCCGCGGCUUGCCGAUGUGUCCGCCUCCCAAAAUUUCUUCACCGGCGGGUUACCACAAGGUCCUGCUGCGUCGACUUCGAUAUGGAAACUGAAUUUCGGGAAUAAUAGGCUUCCCCAUCAGUUAACUUCCUCCUACGCUACCUCCCCUUUCCCCCACCCCUCAGGCGCCAUCCCCGCCUCCUGCCAGGGCGAUCAAGCCCUCACCUUCCUCACUUACUCACUACUCUUUCUUCCUACUUUCCUGUCUCUCCCCUCCCUUCUCCUCGUCCCUCGCCCCAUCAUCCCCCUUAGGCACCAUUCCCGCCUCCUGCCAGGGCGAGCAAGCACUCACUUACCUCAAUCUCGCUUCCAACGCCCUCUCCGGCCAACCUACCCCUCUCUCCCACCCCCUUCCUCUUUCACGGCCCUCUCUCCUGUCCCACUUCCUGCUCCCCUAAAAUUUGUCUCUCCUGUUUCCCUCACAGCUCCAUCCCUGUGUUUCCCCCUACCUCCCAUCCUACACUCCUCAGGCCCGAUCCCCGCCUUUUGCCAGGGCGAGCAAGCCCUCACCUACCUCAACCUCGCCUCCAACACUUUCUCCGGCCUGCCCACCCCGCUCUCCUCCCCCUCGUGCUCCGCCUCCCUCGCCUAUCUCCACCUCUCCUCCAACCGCCUCUCCGGCUCCAUCCCCGCUACAAUCAGCUCCUUUACCAAACUCUCGCGCCUCCGCCUCGAUAAAAACACACUCACGGGUGCGAUCCCAGCUGGUCACUUCCGCAGGCAAAUCCCCGUCGCGCUGCAUUCCCGCUUCCCCGUCGCGCUGCAUUCCCGCUUCCCCGUCGCGCUGCACUCCCGCUUCCCCGUCGCGCUGCAUUCCCGCUUCCCCGUCACGCUGCAUUCCCGCUUCCCCGUCGCACUGCGUCCCUGCUUCCCCGUCGCGCUGCGUCCCUGCUUCCCCUCGCGAAUUUGUCCCUGCUUCGCCUCGCGUUGCAUUCCCGCUUCCCCUCGCGCUGCUUUCCCGCUUCCCCUCGCGCUGCUCUCCCGCUUCCCCUCGCGCUGCUUUCCCGCUUCCCCUCGCGCUGCUUUCCCACUUCCCCUCGCGCUGCAUCCCCGCUUCUCCUCGCGCUGCAUCCCCGCUUCCCCUCGCGCUGCAUCCACGCUUCCCCUCGCGCUGCAUCCACGCUUCCCCUCGCGCCUCUUCCCUGCUUCCCCUCGCGCCGCUUUUCCCAUUCCGUACACGCUGGGAAGGAGAGGGAAUAAGCAGCGAGAAGGGGGCGAAAGGGCGAGGGGGGGCGGGGAGGAGGACGGGGAGGGAGGGGGGUGGGUAGGCAUUCUCAACUGUCCAAUUUUCCCCCCUGCUCACUCUUUAUUUCCCCCCUGCUUGCCUAUUUUUUCCCCCUGCUCCCUGUUCCCUCCCUGUCCUCUCUUCCCUCCCUGUUCCCUCCCUGUCCUCUCUUCCCUCCCUGUUCCCUCCCUGACCUCUCUUCCCUCCCUGUUCCCCCCCUGUCCUCUCUUCCCUCCCUGUUCCCCCCCUGUCCUCUCUUCCCUCCCUGUUCCCUCCCUGUCCUCUCUUCCCUCCCUGUUCCCUCCCUGUCCUCUCUUCCCUCCCUGUUCCCCCCCUGUCCUCUCUUCCCUCCCUGUUCCCCCCCUGUCCUCUCUUCCCUCCCUGUUCCCUCCCUGUACUCUCUUCCCUCCCUGUUCCCUCCCUGUCCUCUCUUCCCUCCCUGUUCCCCCCCUGUCCUCUCUUCCCUCCCUGUUCCCCCCCUGUCCUCUCUGCCCUCCCUGUUCCCUCCCUGUCCUCUCUUCCCUCCCUGUUCCCUCCCUGUCCUCUCUUCCCUCCCUGUUCCCCCCCUGUCCUUUCUUCCCUCCCUGUUCCCUCCCUGUCCUCUCUUCCCUCCCUGUCCUCUCUUCCCCCUCUUUUUUCUCUUCCCUCCCUGCCCUCUCUCCCUUUUCUGCGUCCUCGCCUCCUCGCCACUUCGUCUUCCCGCCUCGCAGUCCACUAGCGGCAGGCUGA